GUAGUUUAUUUCUUAGGGCUGGACGCGCACGCCCCCUCGGGGGGGGGGCGUGGCGCCGCUCGGCCACGCCCCCCUACACAACUCAGCCGGGGAUUGGCGGGCGGGCGGGUGACGCAGCGCGCAGGGCCGGCUGUCGCGCCGCGGCUCGCGGCCGUAAAGCGCGGAAGGUCGGUCAGGCCUGCCCCCCCCCGCCCCAGAAGGAGUGGUGCUGGCUUAACGCCCCAGCACAUCUGGGUGGUGCUGUGAGAAAGCUGACAGACAGCUGCGGGGAUGUUUCUCCGACUGCUGUCAGAUGUCCGGUGGCGGGCGGCCGACCCGAAAUGGAGAAGAAUGACCAGCUCCCGACGAAGCACCUCGAGUACAGCAGAACCUCACCCCGUUUCCUUGCCAGCACAGGCGCAGGUUGUCAUCUGCGGUGGUGGAAUCAUGGGCACCUCCAUGGCGUAUCACCUUUCCAGGAUGGGUUGGAAGGAUAUAGUCUUACUUGAGCAGGGCAGGUUGGCUGCUGGCACCACUCGCUUCUGUGCUGGCAUCGUGAGCACGGUCAGGCACGUGGCCAUAGAGCUGAAGAUGGCAGACUAUUCAAACAAGCUCUACCAGCAGCUGGAACAAGAAACGGGAGUUCAAACAGGGUACAUGAAGACAGGCUCUAUUUCACUGGCUCAGACUCAGGACCGACUAAUCUCUCUGAAACGCAUUGCUUCAUCGCUGAAUGUAAUGGGGAUACCUUGUGAAAUUAUCACCCCAAAGCAAGUGGCACAGCUCCACCCACUGAUCAACAUCCAUGACCUUGUGGGGGCCAUGUAUGUGCCAGAAGAUGCGCUCGUGUCAUCUGCCAAUGUGAGUCUGGCUCUGGCAACCGCGGCCUCACGGAAUGGUGUCCAGAUUCACGAACGGACGAGUGUCAGUCAUGUCUCAGUCCAGAAGGGUCGUGUGACUGGAGUUGAGACCGACAGAGGACAGAUUCAGUGCCAGUACUUUGUCAACUGCGCCGGCCAGUGGGCCUAUGAGUUGGGCCACUCUGGGGAGGAACCGGUCAAUAUCCCACUCCAUGCCUGCGAACACUUCUACCUCCUGACACACCCUUUGAAGGAGCCUCUGGCAAGCAGCUUACCAACUAUUGUAGAUCCAGAUGGCAGGAUCUACAUACGCAACUGGCAAGGCGGCAUCCUCUCAGGAGGCUUUGAGAAAAACCCCAAACCUCUCUUCACGGAGGGACGGAACCAGCUGGAGAUUCAGAACCUUCAAGAAGACUGGGAUCAUUUUGAGCCACUUCUGAGUGCCCUUCUGCGCAGGAUGCCGGAUCUGGAGGCGCUGCAGAUCAUGCAGCUGGUGAAUUGCCCGGAGUCCUUCACACCAGACAUGCGCUGCAUCAUGGGCGAGUCGCCCACCGUGCGGGGCUACUUCGUGCUGGCUGGUAUGAACUCAGCUGGUAUCUCCUAUGGUGGGGGAGCAGGCAAGUACCUGGCAGAGUGGAUGGUAAAUGGAUAUCCAUCAGAAAACGUCUGGCCUCUGGACUUGAAACGUUUUGGUACCCUUCAGAGCAGUCGCACUUUCCUCCGUCACCGUGUGAUGGAAGUAAUGCCCCUCAUGUGUGAUCUGAAAGUUCCCCGCUGGGACUUCCAGACUGGCAGGCAGCUGCGUACUUCACCGCUGUACGACCGUCUGGAUGCACAGGGGGCUAGGUGGAUGGAGAAGCAUGGAUUUGAGAGAGUCAAGUAUUUUGUCCCACCUGGGAAAGAUCUGCUGGAUUUGGAUCAGAGCAAAACCUUUUACAAACCAGACUGGUUUGAUAUCGUGGGAUCCGAAGUCAAGUGCUGUAAGGAAGCAGUUUGUGUCAUUGACAUGUCAUCUUUUACCAAGUUUGAAAUAAGCUCCACAGGAGACCAGGCCCUGGAGAGUCUGCAGUAUCUCUUCUCCCAUGACCUGGAUGUGCCGGUUGGGCACGUUGUGCAUACAGGCAUGCUUAAUGAGAAAGGAGGUUAUGAGAAUGACUGCAGCAUCGCGCGACUGAGCAAACGCAGCUUCUUCAUGAUUUCCCCUACUGACCAACAAGUCCAUUGCUGGGCCUGGCUGAAGAACCGCUUGCCUGACGACAGCAACCUGACCAUGGAAGACGUGACCUGGAAGUACACGGCUCUCAAUCUGAUCGGCCCCCGUGCUGUGGAUGUCUUGUCAGAGUUGUCAUAUGCCCCAAUAACUCCAGAACACUUUCCCUCUCUCUUUUGCAAGGAGAUGAGCGUGGGCUAUGCUAAUGGCAUCCGUGUGAUGAGUAUCACUCACACAGGAGAACCUGGAUUCAUGCUUUAUAUCCCCAUAGAGUAUGCCCUUCACGUGUACAACGAGGUGAUGAACAUGGGACAGAAGUACGGGAUUCGGAACGCCGGUUAUUACGCGCUCCGCAGCCUGCGCAUUGAGAAGUUCUUUGCCUUCUGGGGCCAGGAUCUGGAUGCUUUUACCACUCCUAUGGAGUGUGGACGUGAGUUCCAGGUCAAGCUGGAAAAGGGAAUGCAGUUCGUGGGCCAGGAAGCGCUGUUGGAACAGAAGCAGAACGGUGUGUACAAGCGCUUCACCAUGUUCAUUCUUGAGGACCACGACACAGAUACGGACCUCUGGCCCUGGUGGGGGGAGCCCAUAUUCCGCAACGGCCGCUACGUGGGCAAGACCACCAGCAGUGCCUACAGCUACACUCUGGAGCGCCACGUCUGCCUCGGCUUCGUGCAGCACUUUGACGAGAAGACGGGAGAAGAGCUGGUGGUGACAACUGACUUCAUCAACCAGGGCGAGUACGAGAUCGACAUUGCUGGGCAGCGCUUCCAGGCCAAAGCCAAGCUCUACCCCCUGAGCUCCCUCUUCACGCACCGUCGCCGCAAGGAUGAGGUGGAACUGAGUGGCUACCAGAGGGAGUAGUGAUGACUAGACCUGACCCGCUCCUUUUCCCCAUGCUGGAGCCUUCUCCCACCAUCUUCCAGUCCUUUUCCCUCACCUCAUAGAUUUCUUUCUCUUCCUUUUUUUCUGUCUUGCAACCUUUAAACUUUUUCCAGUGUGUUACAUUUUGUACAUUUUAAAACUUUCAUUUUCAAGCCUCCCCGAUUCCGUCUGUCUCCCUCCUUCAACCCUUCGCUUGCCGGGCUCCCCCGUGCCCCAGUGGCUGAAGCACAGUGCUGAGCAUGCCUCCAGGAAUCCAUGGGAAGCCUGUUUAGGAGUGAACCCCACCGGAGCCCCUAGCCUCACGGUGAUGGGAAGGGUUCGGGUAAACCCCUGAGGACUACACCCUUUCCUCUCUCCUCUCCAGCAUCAGGCAUUGGGACAGCAGGUGUGUGCUGCCUGUGGUUCAGAUGAACGCUGUGACUUCACCCUGCUCUCCGCCUGCCACGUUGUAGAGGGGUCGGUGCGUCGAUGCACACAGCAAUAGAACGAUCAGCUACCUCACUGGCACGGGACAGAGCGUUGUGUGAGCAGCAGCCAAGAGAUCAGGGCUGGCUCUAGUCCAGCCUGUCACUGCCCCACUUCGUCCACCAUUCUUUUUCCCUAACAGGGAGUCAAGUAGAUUUAAUCAUCAGAUCACUGAGAUGACAGCGGUGCUGGUAAGUUGUUUGUUGUUGUUGGGGUUGGAUUUUUUGCGUGGGGUCACUGAAGCUAAAUGGCCUUCUGUAAAUCUAAUUGAAGAUCAACACGUGUGUUUCACUUCUACAAAGGAUUUGGGUGUUUUUAUUAGCAAAAAUACUGAUUUCUAACAAGGACAGAUGUUAGCCUUUAAUGUUAGUAGCAGUGUUGAAAUGCUGCUUCUGUUUCAGCUGUACGAUCUCUUUGGGGAUUUUCUUUCCUUUGUUUAUGUGACUCAAUCAAGCUCGUCUGGCAAGGUUCAUGUAAAACUUGUGUUGGUUUGGGGAACUUGAGCAGCAGAAAGGGCCAACAUCUUGUGGUUUUAGCUACCCGUGGUUAUUUUGAAAUUAGAGGAAAAGACCCAGCACUUGUCUCACCUGUGGUGCUGGCAGUAUUGCAAGAAACACUGGGUUUUCUUCUGGUGGUGAGAAAGCAUCUCAGCAGCUCCUGCUGGCCUCGAGAAGUUGUCUUCUGUUUUUUUCCUCAAGUCUGCUGCACUUCUUACUUCUCUCUCCUGGUAUUACCUCAGCUGAAGGAACUGAAUAAAGGGAGUGAAGGGAGUGCGGCAGUGGGAUUAUAAAUUGCUUUCCUUCCGCAAAGCUCUUUGCUUCAGAUGCUUCAGACAGUGCAGCUGGGAUUCACCCCUUCUUCAGGGAUCAGAAUGCGUCAAUUCUCAAACACUGAUGGUAAAAAGAAGUGGAGGGAUGCUGAAUUGUAUUGCACGCCUUUACAUCUUCUUUUUCUGCUGCCCAUUGUGAGCACAAUCGAAAUCAAAGCUUGUAUUUACUUGAAAAGGAUCUGUUAAACGUUUUCCCUGCCUCUGCCACCCACACACUCAUCGUGGUCUUUCUGCUCCAGCAUCUUUCUGUCUGGAGUUCAAACACAGCCUUGCACUGAUGUCUGUCCUGUCAGCCAUGAUGAACACUUUCUCUAUGAUCUAAAACCUUUGGGGGGGCACUUUCUUUUCCAGUUAAAUGGCGAGCCUCAGUAGUGUAAUUAGGAACUCAAAACCUUGCCUGGUUCUCAAGUUUGCUCUCUGCUGCUUUAGUUGCUUCAGAUCCUGCCUUCAGCUGAGCCUGUGGUCUGCCAUUCAUGAUCCAGGUGCUCUCAGCAUGCAAAAGGAGUCGGAUGUCCCUAAGGCAGGAAAGGUGAAAGCCCAAAACCUUCACGCCUUAAAACAGGUUGUCAGAGUGAGCUCCCCCAGCCAGGGCGAUACCGAAACUGUGAAACCUUGGAGCAGAGAGUCAGGAAAGGGUGUAAGAGAACUCAGGAUUUGAGCAUGUGGUGUAGUAGGUUGAAUGCGGAUGUCGCUUCUUCAGGCGUGCUGUCCUUUGUGAAUGGUGAGUUCCUUUGUCGUGUGUGACCUCUUCGGGGAUUUCAAACCUACUUUCAAACUGACGUGCAAAAGUUCCCCCGUCUCUGAAAUGUAGUGACCAUACUAAGGCAACUUCUUGGGAUCUCGCGGCUGAAGUUUCCAUGCAUGCCUGUUGAAGGCGGAGAUUGUAAUUUAUUCCAAAUUCCCCUAUUACUGCGCUCUGAAUUAAAAUUUUGCCUGGUGCAUCAGGAUUAAUUGCCUAAAUGAAAGGUUAGUAAGGCAUCUAAUAGCAGUUUAAAAUCCUUUUGCCUCUUACACGGACAGUUACUGCAGUCCCACUACUCCCACACUGGAUGUGUGUGCCAAGGCGCACCUCUGCUCUAGCAGCCUGCCAGCUGGGAGCAGUGCUCCAGGUCACUCAAAAAUACUUGUCCAUCCUCUUGUCUCUCCACUGGGGUUACGGGACAUUCCUGUGCCUUCCUUACCCAGGGAAACAGGCGCUCGGCCAAACAGUUUUAUACGUGGUACUGAGGAUGUGUCUUAGAGCAGCCCUUCUGAUUAGAGUUUAUUGACCAUUUGUGGUCGCUGCUGAGGCAUGAUCCUUCUUCAGGAGAAAACAAAGGGUGCAGCUGAGGCAAGCUAAAGUACUUAAUGCAACUCCUGGAGAGAGAUCCUAGUUCAAACCGUUGAGUUUGUUCUCUGCAGAGAUAGAGUAGUUAAGACCAAACUGGAAAGUUAGCAGCAUGCUGUCCUCUACCAACCACUCGUUCCUGAAGUAUCAUUUAAGUUGCAGCCAGAUUAUAUUCUUCCUUGUGAUUAUUUUUUCUUUUCCCUAACUUGUAGAUGCCUGUUAGUUCCUCAGGCUGAUAUGGGCGUCUCUUCCCACAGUAAUUCUGACAAUAAAAUUGUGGUUUAUGAGCUACUUUUGUCUUUAUGUCUGCUUAGGUUUAUAUUAUGUCUAGAUCUAUUGACUUUUCAAUAGCAAAAAGAGAGAGUGAAAAUAAUUUUCCAUCAUGACGAUAGAUACAGCAACACUUUCUGUAAUGUUAUGUUUUGCUGUUUGAGACUUAGAGAUAGGUGGUUUGAUAAUUGUCAGUCUUGCAGCUCAUUAACGCCUACUCUGACUUUCCCUGCUAUGAAUUCUGGUUCUUGUUUUAUAUCUGCACCUAUAGCCUUCGGCUGCCGUUCAAGCUUAGUCAAUUUAAUUUCUGGCAGCUAUUUUUAACCUUAUAAUGUUAAAGAAUAAUUCGCCCUCACCAACUUGAUUACCUAUCAAGGGGACAAUUGGAUAGCUUGUUGUAAAGAUACUGAGACCGAGGAAAAUCCUUCUAGUGUCAUGUUUUCUUCCAGAGGUAUUAAAGGGUGGUGUAAGACCCUAAUCCCUUUAUCUGGUGACUAAAAGUAGAGCGCCUAAAAAAAAGAACAGCAAAAUCUGUUCAAGAGUUGCCACCUUUAGUACACCUUCAGAUUAGAGCUGGGCUCUUGGAAGCUGCUAUAACACAGUCUUAGCAUCUACGACGCUUAAAUAACGUGGAUGGUAAAAUUACACAUGAUUGUCAUCCUUAAACUGCCUUCAACCGCUUUCUGCUGAGAAAGGCGGUUUGUUCUCUUUCUGCACGGCAAGGCUGUGAACCUUGGGUGGGAAACACUGGAAGAGCAUCCCUCUCCUCUGCCACGGGAGGGGUCACGGCCUCAUUCUGUGCCGCAGCGGCAGCAGCGGCUCUGUGCCCCUCGUGCAGGGCUGUUACCAGUUCUCCGAGCCCUGCCGUCCAGAAUGGGGAGCGGUCCUGGAGAUUUUGUUCACGCAGGCAACUUCGCAAGAGAAACACUUGAGGGGAAGCUAACUGGAGCUUAAUAUGAAGAAACAAUUUAUCUUUUUGGCUGAAAUAUUACAGGCUGAGCAAAACCCGCUUUGGGGUGGACUUAUCACCCGUCAGUGAUGGGGGAGGCGUGACCCGUGGGGACAUUGGCCACUGUGGGUUGUGUGCACUUGGCACGUGUAGGCUUAUUUUUUCUUACCCCAGAAGGCAGCAAGCAUCUGAGCGUGUUUGCUGACGGGGCCGUGGUGAAUCCACCUACGUGUCCGGCGUUCCUGUGCUCCGGGAAGGGCUUGCGUGCCCGAGCGUCACCUGUACAGUAGUGGGGGGAACUUGUGGCAGCGGUGGCGUUUACUUGGCAGCUUCUUCCAUUAAACUGUUCCUCCAGAGGUAUUUAUGUUGUCUUACCCUUGUUGCAUCCUCUCCUGAGUUGUCAUGUUUUAUUAGUCCUUGAGCGAGUACUGAAAGGCUUGAGUAAAAAUGGUAUUAGAGAAGAGAGACUUUAUUGUGCAUAUUUAACAAUCUAAGGAUAAAAUCAAAGCAGUCUACUUAAGAGUGAUGCUUUCUGUUUCAGGAGGGUGUGUUACACUGAUUUUUUUUUUUUCCCAUCCAUUCCUGCCUUCGUUUCUUCUUGCUUUCUCUGUGCUGACCCCAGUGUCCAGGUUUGAUGUGCUUUGUUGGACAGUCUCUUGUUAGCAUUUUGUGGCCGAGGAAGGCAGGCUGCGUGAGGCCUCUCCAAGUCCGGGUGUAAGCUUGGAGCCCCUCCUUUCUACUGUUGCACUCGAGCUGCCGCCGAUCCCGUUGCUGCUCCUGCAACGCCUCCAGGCUCCAGCCUGUGCUGCUGUAGGACCGCUCGGGCGCAAGGCUCUUCUCUUUGUUCUACCCGGUGCUUCAUCGUCUCAGCCAGGCUGGCUCUAGGUCUGUCCCUCUGCAUCAAUUUAAGCACUUCAGCUUUUAGAUGAUGCAGGUACCAACAUCCAAACUCCCGGGUUUGGCCGCUGUAUAUUCCAUCGUUUAACCCUCCCUCUUCCUGCACCGGGGUUUUCUCCCUCUCCUUAACGCUUCCUUAAUCUUCCUCAGGCAGCUGAGCACGUUAGUUCCUUUUGCCCAUCGGAGAGUGAGGCACGGCGAAAUAAAAACAGGCAAGGGGACGGCAGGGUGGCUGAGCUGAGAUGGGAGAGGUGUGAUUGCGGUUUGAUCCUUUGCCCAUUACUCAACCCCUUAAGCCCAGCCCUGGGGAGAUGAUCAGCCGCGAUUCCCGGCUCAGGGAGCAGCCUCUCCUGCAGCCUUCGUGCUGGAUGAGCGCCGAGGGGUAGCAGUGGCUCUGGGCAGAAGCGGGGCGGCGUUUCCCGGGAAGGGAAAGCAGCGGUCACACUCAUUUUUCCAACCUCCCGUUUCCCUCUCUGGUUCCCGUUCCGGUGAAGGAGACCGUGCCCCCCGGGGGAGGUGGGGAGCGCACGCACUGGGUUGCUCGAAACGCUUGUCUCUCCCUGGCAUCUUCUUCUGAGCGGUGUCUGACUGGUAAAGGCGCAGCACUGACAUCACUGACCUUGUCCUUCCAGGACACUUUAACCAAAAUGGUCACAUUUGGGGAAGAAAUGUAUAAAAACAGGGUAGUUUCCGUGUUGGGCAGAGGAGGGAAGUUGCUCGCAGAAGCAGAAGUCCUUACUUAGAACACUUAGCUGCUGCUAAUGUCCAGCAAAACAUUCACAACCUUCAGAUUUGUCUUCCCAAAUGAUUUUAUUAUAACGCUUUCCGCCCAUUUCAGGAUGCUUUGCUGUUUUAAACUACCUUUUCCUUAACUGAUUAUUUGGAUUUUUAUUAAAAAAAAGCAGUCGGAAAACAAGACUUGGGGAAGGAGGGGUUAACUUCAUCAGGUGACUCCAACCUGUCUCUAAAAAGCAUUUGAAAAAUCUCUUUGCACUUUAAACUUUCCUUAAGCAUUAUGAUUGUAGCAUGCUAAUAGCCCUAGGCAAGAGCAGCCUUUGCAUUUGAGGGAGAAAAACAAGAACUUUAAAUAUUUAUAAAUGCCUUAAAGCUUUAGGUGCAGCAGUAUUUGGGCACUGGUGGUGCCUGCCAUUUCAUUUUCUUCCUGGAAAGCUGUGUGCUGAGUGUACAAAGCAGACACAAACGUCGGCAGAUAUUUUUCCACCAGGGAUGGUGCGAAGCUGCUAUUGCAGUAUGCUGCUGGUCUGAGGCUGGAAUUUGAAUUGAACUAAAUGAGCUGGGAGCCCCUGCGUCUGUGCUGGCACCUUCUUUUAUUCCCACCCCCCCUCCUCCAGAAAAGGAUUUAUUCACUAUAUUGCUCACGCUGUAAUGGGGUUUCUUCUUUCUUUAAAGAAAGAAGCCUGGGCUGGUGUAGAGUACUCUGUGAGUGUCCCGUUGGGUUAAAAGAGACAAAACUCCCUGCUGUAGCAGCUGACAUGUGCAGGCAGGAGUCGGGGGGAGCGGAAGGGAUCCGCUGCUGCCCGUAAUGGUGGUUGAGAUGGCUCCGAGGCUUCCCGUCUCCCAUUUGCCUCCAAGCUCUGCUGGAUUCCCCCAUGUCGGGCUGGCUUCCGAGUUAGAGCACAAACCAAAGCGCCGCUGCGCAGGUGUGACGCGCUGUGCUGAUUCCCUCUGCUCAGAGAUCGCGCCUCUUCGGAGUAAGGUGCCUCCGCGGAGAGGAGGGGUAAAUUACCAGUGAAAGAGGCACCCGGGAGAGGUGUUCACAUUAAUAUUUAUGGAUUUGUCAAGGCUGGCAGCGGCCCAUCUUCCCGCCUGGAUGCUUGGCACCUGCUGCAAGCAGAGCAGAUAUUUGGGAGUCGCCAGCAGUCCCGGCCAGGGCGUGACCCGUUUUGUGAGCACGGAGAAAUUCCCACCCCUCACCGUGACACCCCCGAGACUUCUUCCACGCUACGAACACUUUUCCCCCCUGCUCUUCUUGUAGUGGAACGCGUUUCACUUGCACCCCUCUUCCAGUAUAACCAGAGGCAGACUGAUGUCCCUUGAAGUCCUUGAUGGGUUCUCCUGCAUCUCCCGGUCGGGCUUGUGGCAGGACACAUCCCUGCUCCUACGCGCUUCCGCCAGAGGAGCGACCCAAGCCGCGCUCGGGGGAACGCAGCACCCCUGUGCUAUGAGUGUAGUUGUUCCCAUACCGCCUGCCCGGCACCUGGGUGAUGGUUCAUGGUUCCCACAUCUUCGGGAAGAAUUGGGGCAAACCCUUUUUUUGGCCCAGGUCAACUCCUUGCUGCUGCUCCUGAGACACGGCGUGCUUUCUUUCGGUCGCUCCUCUCCCUUCCGAGCGGCGGGACGGCUCCCGCUGUCGCCGCUGGUUUUACAGGAGACCUGAGCCCUUUUGGGAGAGGGGCUCCCCGCUUCCUGGACCCGUACCCCGCGCAGAGCCGCCCGCACAUCCCAUCUCCACCAUCGCUUCUGGUUAGCGGGUGCACCAGUUUGCUUGGCCAAAGCCCCUGUUGUGCUUUUUAUCAAUCCCCCCAAGACCGGAUUUUAAAAGGUUGGGAGGGCUUCUGGAAGCGCCCUGCUGCGGUUUUUAACAGCAGCUGAAGUCUGAACCCGUGAAAACAUUUUUCUAGUGCCUUAACGCCUGUGAACGCCGUGCAACGGACGUAGCUGAGGUGGGACAGAGCGAGGGGCAGCGAGGCGGCCCGGCCGCCGCAGCUCCCCUCGCGGGGCCGCGGCGAGCGGACGCCGGCAGGGCGCCGUCUCUCGCAGCGCGGGGAGGAGGCUUUUUCCUGUAAAACCCCUUUGAGCUCUGGGGCUGUGGAAACGUCACGCUGUAGAGCCUCGCGCCGGGUGGUCUGCCUCCGAGGGGAGCGGCGACCUCGCCUCCGCCGCGCUGGCGUUCGGAGGGGUUUGGGAGAGGCGCAGCUGCUGGGGUGGCCAGACCCCGUGCUGGAGGGCAUGGGCAGUUGUUCCCAAGCGCACAAGUCGGGGUGAGUUUGCUGCUCUCCACUGAGGCCACGUUGUUACGUAUGCUGUAUUUAUAUCACGCUUGCUUUCAUUUAUAUUUGGGUUGGCUUAAAUGUUGCUAGGGUUUGUAUAUUAAUAAAGAGGCGUUUUAACUACUCCCGAA